AUGGGUCGUGUCAGAACGAAGACCGUGAAGAAGGCAUCCCGAGUUAUUAUUGAAAAAUAUUAUCCACGCCUUACCCUUGACUUCCAAACAAAUAAGAAAAUCUGUGAUGAAGUCGCCAUAAUCGCAUCCAAGAAACUCCGGAACAAAAUUGCUGGAUUUACUACACAUUUAAUGAAACGUAUUCAACGCGGUCCGGUCCGUGGUAUUUCUUUCAAAUUACAAGAGGAAGAACGUGAACGUAAAGAUAAUUAUGUUCCUGAUGUUUCUGCUUUGGAUGAUGCAAAGGAGAUUGAAAUCGAUCAUGAUACAAAGGAACUUCUUAAAUCGCUGAACCAUGAAAAUUUGCAAGGAGUUUCCCUCGCUCCUCCGGUGGCACUUAAUCCACUGACCGAACGUCCUCGUGGCCCCAGGCGCGGUGGUGGUGGCGAUCGUCCACGACAGCAGGCCGAAGCUUAA